AUGGCAAUGCAACAAGAUAUGGGAGUCAAAAUACAUUGUGAUAUAGCAGCAUCUAAAGGUGCAUAUUGGAUUUUAAAGUAUCUAUGGUACGGUUACAAUCGACCUCUUAACAUAAACGAAGCUUCUCGACACUCCACCUGUGGAAACUAUUCAGUAUGUUACAACAUAACGGAGGAACAGGAUCUUCUCGCAGAAGAGCUGCUGAAACGACUUUCAAGAUUGAUACGUAGUCGGCAACAACAAAAAAAUAUCAGCAUAUGGGAGCAACUAAUACGUCUAAGAACCUUCGAUCCUAUUGGCCGUGAAACCCUGAUAAACAGUCUUGCAGCACUCAUCUAUAAACAGAAUAGCCUAGAAUCUAUUUGCCUGGAAGGUUUGUCAUUAAUACCGGAUGAAGGUAUACGACUUCUCACGGCGUUGUACAACUCUCGUGAAACAAUGAAAUACGUGUAUUGUUGGCGCGCGUUCGAGAAAAUGGUUGGCAUCUCGACAGACGAUGACUGUCGGGCUGGAUCAAGAUUUCGUCCGAUGAAAAAGAUCAAUAAACGCGACUGGUUCUGUGCAAUCGGUUGUUUAGAAUGUCUCACCACCCUAUCUAUAAACUACGAGUACAUAGCGACUCCCACGGGGGAUCUGCUUGUAAAUCUGGCCAGAAAACUUCAGCGUAAUUGGCAAUGGCUACAACUACUGUGUCUAGAAGAAGAAGUACAAAAUCGUGUUUCAGUGAAAAAUAAUGGACUAGUCCUGAUACCCGACAAAGCAUGGAGAAAAGCGCAUUCUUUAGCGCCAGCACUUAAAAUACAGUAUGCUAUAAUUGGAAUACCGGAAUACGAUAUUCACAAACAGUUCUUGACAAAAUCUACACGGAUACACACCUUCGCACUGUCUACAGGCAUUGACCUUAGAUUUCGACAACCCUGGUGUCUUGAUUGCACGAUUAAAACACUUUGCUCGUGGUAUUCGAACUCAUUAGUGUACUUAUGUUUGCAAUUGUGGCACAGUCGAGAGAACUUGGAUAUACAGUUAAGAAAGCUAUUUUUGAACUUACCGUCUCUUCGAGUUUUUGAAUAUGUCGGUGAAAUUCGGACGUUGAAAACACUUUGCAUUAUGUGUUGUCAAAUACGAUCGGGCAGUUGCAGUGUUUGUCACGUCAAUAUGCAACUUCAGGACAUUAUACAUGAGAACAUUGAUGAAGAAAAAUGGGUAAAGAGUAUAAAAUGCUUAAUGGUUUGUUUUAAACAUGAUUUUGAAAAACUGGGUAUUACGUUCAACAUUAACUUCUACAAAUCGUGA